AGAACAAAAUGACACAAAAGAGACGUAAUCACGGUAGAUCAAAACACGGUCGUGGCUCAGUCCCAUACAUCAGAUGUACCAACUGUGCUAGAUGUGUCCCAAAGGAUAAAGCCGUCAAGAGAUUCUACAUUAGACCAAUCGUCGAAAACGCCGCUGUUAAAGAUAUUUCAGAUCAAGGUGUCUUCAACGUCAAAGGUUACAAAUUCCCAAGAACCUACGUUAAAUCACAAUACUGUAUCUCAUGUGCCAUUCACAGCCACAUCGUUCGUGUUCGUUCAAGAGAAGACAGAAAGAUCCGUACUCGUCCACAAAGACCAGGUCAAAAGAAAGUUGGUGACAAAAAACAAUAAAUUUAACACCUUUUAGUCUAAAUUUUAAAAAAAAAAUAUAAAACCU